GCUCCUUCGGGAGACUGUGGCAGCCCAUGCGACGUCAGCUGCGAGUGUUUCAAAGACUGCCGCGAGCUCCACCGCACCCCAAAUGAAAAGGCCAGUGGCGCUACCGGCUCGCCGGCACUCACCGGCGCAGGAAGGUGACACGGCGGCCAUGUUUGGGGCUAACCGGAAGAAGUUCACGGAGGCGGGAGCGGAGGGCGAGUACGACGAGCCGGGCGGCCUCUACUACGGCCAGCCGUCCGUCUUCCCGCAGCGCGCCGACAAAGACGGAAGCGGCGCCGUGGAUGACCUCGCCGACGCCGGCGGACGUCAGCGAGACGCCUUUGUCUUUCGGACCACGGCGGCCCCGUCCUGCGCCUCGGGACAGCUGUCGCAGCUGGGAGCCAGUCUCUACGGCCCUCAGAGUGCGCUCGGCUUCCCCGCGCGCGGCCUCAACAGCGGGGCGCCGCCGAGUCGAAGCGGACUCGCUCAGUCGGCCGCCGCCCACACGCCUUCCUCGCCCGGCAGGGGGAUUCCGCCCAAGAACGGCCGCGCCGUCCUCAACCACAACCACCAGGUGGGGGGAGAACGGGGGGGCGGGGGGCGGAGUCCGGGCGGCCCCUCGCCCAGCAUCAUUGGAAUGCCCAAACAGUCGCGGCAAGCCUUCACCAUCAGCAGCAUGUCAGGUUUCGGCGCGAGCAGGACUCCCGGAUUCAACGUCUUCAACGGCACAGAUGGCAGCGAAAACGUGACGGGCCUGGACCCGUCCGACUUCCCGGCGCUGGCCGACCGCGGUCGGCGAGACGGCGGCGCCAACCCCGCGCCGCUGCUCAACCCGCUGGCCGGGCGGGCGCCUUACGUCGGCAUGGUAACUAAGCCGUCUGGCGAGCAGUCGCAAGACUUCUCCAUCCACAACGAGGAUUUCCCAGCACUACCGGGCCCAAACUACCAGACCAAAGACCCCGGCGACGACGGCAAAACGGUGACGCGCGCGCGCGCUCGCUGCAAAGCCGCCGGCGAAUUGCUGUGGGCUGACUCUCGUCUCGGCCGCUCAGAACCUCGGCUCUUCAGCGACAACCAGCACAAGAAAGGAAUACAGGUGCUGCCCGACGGACGCGUGAGCAACAUCCCGCUCGGCAUGGUAACGGACCAAUUCGGCAUGAUCGGCCUGCUGACGUUCAUCCGGGCGGCCGAGACCGAGCCCGGCACGGUGCACCUGGCUCUCGGAUCCGACCUCACCACGCUAGGCCUCAACCUCAACUCGCCCGAGAACCUCUACCCCAAGUUUGCGUCUCCGUGGGCGUCGGCGCCGUGCCGGCCGCAGGACAUCGAUUUUCACGUACCGUCGGAAUACUUGACCAACGUCCACAUACGGGACAAGCUGGCCGCCAUCAAGUUGUCCCGCUACGCUUCAACAGGGACUGGCGCUACCACAAGGAGGAGCGGGUGUGGAUCACGCGGGCACCCGGCAUGGAGCCGUCGCUCAAGACAAACGCCUACGAGAGGGGCACGUACUACUUCUUUGACUGCCUCAACUGGAGGAAGGUUGCCAAGGAGUUCCACCUGGAGUACGACAAACUGGAAGAGCGACCUCACGUUCCCUCCACCUUCAACUACAACCCCGCCCAGCAGGCCUUCUGAUUGGCCGGCCGGCCGGCCGCUCGCCCGGCCGCCAGCCCCACCCUCGACCGACGGUCCAAGAAACCUACAUUUGCGUUUUCCUCACCUGAUUUUUUUGAUUGCCUUCUCCCCUGAAGUGAGGCUUAGGGUGAGGCCAGGACAGGAAGUGGACUUUGUAGCAUCCUUUCACACUAAAAGAGAAAAAAAAAAGGCAACAUGAUGCCAUGGCACACAUGUCCACAGAAACCCCGCUGAGCAUCGAGUCCAAAGCCAGUUGAAACUGUACACUUUGUGUUCUCGCUUGUUCAGUCGGGCUCAGAACAUGGCCCGGGAAACUGCUUGGCGGUCAGCAACGCUCCCGAGCGGGCAAAGCCACGGCUGUUACGCUCGUCCGCGUUUGUCCCCACCCUGACGCCAUUUUGCAUGUUGAGGCAUCGAAUGCGUGUUACUAAAUGUUGACGAGUAAUCAGUAAGUCUACUUGGUGGACAAACGGCGUUGGAAAUGGAGUGAAGGCACAAAGGGAUUGGCAUCAGCACACUUGUCCUUUUUGGAGGACGCAUCCGCAUUCCUCAAACCGCCACCGGGGGGCGCCCGCCGCAUCCGGUUGCCAGGGAGACAGCCCGCUUGUUUUGUUUCCCCACCUGAUUUGACCUGGACUCAAUAUGGCAGCUAGUGUUUGCAGAGUAACAAAUAGUUGUGUUCUCUGUUUUUCUUAGCCACAAAUAAAUAUUCUGAUAAUGAAA